GUGAACUCUUAGUUACCAAACACGUACGAGUUCCAUUCUCAAUUGGCAACUACUCCGAUGAGACAAUAUGUGAUGUGGUGCCUAUGACAGCCUGCCAUAUUCUGUUGGGACGCCCUUGGCAGUUUGAUCGUGAUGUUGAUUUUAAAGGAGCUGCCAACACUUAUACUGUGUGGAAAGAUGAGAAAUCAUACAAGUUGAAACCCCAAAGUCCCCAAGAAGUUAAGGAAGACUAGCGAGUAAUGAUUUCCAAGGUGAAAGAAUACUCGAAAACCCAUCAUGUGAAAAAUGAGGCCUUAUUUGCUACGCAGAGAGAUAAUUUGGAAUCGAAUUAGGUCAUAUAGAGUUGGUAUAAUCCCAUCACGCUCACUAUGGACUUGGGAGGUGGCUCAAUUACUCGAGCCGAUUUGUUGGGUAUGUUACAGGGCCUUCACUGCGCGUGGGAGAUGGGGAUCAGGAAGGCAAUCCUACAGACAGAUUCCAAGACAACAAUUCAGCUCCUCGAGUCAGCUGCUACAACUCACCCUCAUUUCACGGUGGUUUCGGAGCUGAGACAACUAUUGCAGAAGGAUUGGCAUGUGAGGAUUGAACAUGUUAGAGAGGGGAACGCGGUGGCGGACUACCUUGCUUCUAUCGGCCACUCCCGUUCGCUGGGAGUUCACAUUUUUCUACAGCCAAGCAGUAUGCUUAAUUAUUGGCUUCUCUUUGAUCAGCUUUGGUUUGCUUAUGUCGACAAAAUAAAAAAUUCGUAGAUCGAAAAUAGUUUAGUAUAAGAAUAAGUUGAUUUUAUAUAAAACAAAAUGGUCCUUACAAGGGGUGGUUUUAUCCGUAGAAAUAUUCACCUUGGAGAAUCAUUCAUUCAUAAAACAAUGACCAAAUUCAAACCAUUAAUGUAAGUACAAUAUUUACCAGUGUCAGAUUUUAUAUAUUUUACAAUUUAAUAUGCAUACAUACCCUGUGUGAUUUAGGGAAGAAAAAAGUUGUUUUUAUAUCACUAGAAGGUGUGGUUGAAUCUUAUUAGUGUCUACAUGAAGCGCAAAAUAAACUUUGAGAUGAAAUGACCAUCAAUGAUAGCUCUUAUCAGUUUAUAAUCACUCUAAUUAUUUUGACAAUUCGACAUUAGGAAAUUACUUGCCAUAUUAAAUUUCAUAAAUUGGAUCACAUAAGUCAAAGUUGAUAAACUAUUGGUUUGGGAUCUAGCUUUGAGUUUUAGACAAAAUGAGACGACCUCCACUCCUGAUCUCUUACAAAUUGAGGGAAUGGAGUUGAAACUCGACAUCAAACUCACCGAUGACAACAUCAUGAACCCCAUAAGCAAGUAUAAUUUUUUGAAAAAUAAGGAUUAACGAGCAUAUCUUAGAAAAUGUUCAAGACUUGGACGAGAACAAAUUAGUGGUUCAAUGCUUUGAAUAAAUAUUUUCUAUGAAGAAUCGUCUAAUUGGCAAAACAAUGCUCCAGCUCGAUCUUCAAACAACCAAUAGAUGAGAUGAGAUUUUGAUGCAUAACCUCCUUUAAUGAUAGUUGACGUGGAUCUCGCCUACAAAUUCAAUGUAGUAUAUAUCCUUCUUUCAACUUCUAUUAAAGAAAUUUUAUGGGUUACCAAAUCAUUAUUAAUUGAAACCUAUCAAAGAAAAGGUGAAGAAGACUACAAGAAGUACUUUUAUGAGAAUUAUACUACAACAUCAAAGACGACAGUAGUUAGGUAACAAUGUACCUCUAUUCUUCCAUUCUUUUUAACUUCAAAUUCAUUUAUUCAAGGAAAAAAUCAUACCCACUAAACAUAAAGUUGUCAACUAAAUAAUAUAUGUGUCAAUUGCUUCAAUUUUAUUGAUUCGUGAUUAAUUGUGGACAGUUGUUGAACCUGACUUUAAUGUUCCAGUUCGUGAGAGACCUAGAUUUUUAUGAAUGCCUACUAAGAAACUACCUAAAGAUAGGGAUAGAAUGAGAGGACCUUUACUGUCUCAUCUCCUACAAACUGAAGGAAUGAAGUUGAAUUUUCACAUCAAACUCACUCAUUGCACAUUACCAACCUCACAAGUAAGUACCAAUUUUUAAAAAUAAGGAAGGACGAAGAAGUUUAAUUUCAGACAAAUUCAUGAUUUGGACAAAGCAAAUUUAACAUUUUGAAAAUGAUGGGAGGAAGGUGCGAAUCGUUGAUAGCAUAUGAGAUUUGGGUGAAGUAAAUUUUAUUGGCGUUA